AUGCUUCCAACUAUCACUCAAGAUUCCCCUCUCGCAGUAGCUGUGGCUAGCGUCAUCCAGCCAAAGCUGGUGGAAAUGGGCUGGAGUACCGACGAUGGCCAAGAGGGGGCUCUGAUUGAAUACAUUGUCCUUAUGCUGGUGAAUGGAAAGACCCAAGAACAACUUGCGACUGAACUUUCCGCCGACUUCCUUGGACUGGAUGAAGGUGACACACAGGCACUUGAGUUUUCAAGGUGGUUGUUUGGUCAAGUUGAGGCUCUUGACCAAACGAUCAAUGGAGGCCCAAGCAAUCCUACGACACAACAAGUACCUUCGCUUGGAGGAGAAUCGGGUCAAUUCUCGGGAAUGGAAGGGAACGGGAUGGACGCAGAGAUGGGCGAUGCAAGUGAUUCCAUACCCACAGGACCCAAAGCGAUGCGCAACGGACGACAGGCCGGCAGAGGUAGAAUGCUUAACCAGAUCAACCGAAACCUUACUGGCAAUGCCAACGAUGGAGCUCUUCACCGAGUCCGUGGACAACAAGGAAAUGGACGCAUCGGAGGCCAAGGUCGUGAUCAAAUGAAGGGACCCCGGCGAGGAGGCCGAAAUAUGGGUGGUAUGGGUGGUAUGGGCGGCAUGGGCGGUAUGGGCGGUAUGGGCGGCAUGCCCAUGCAAGGCAACAUGGCACAAGGCAUGCAAAUGAGCCCACAGAACCAACAACAACUCAUGGCGAUGUUGGAGGAGCAGGCACGAAUGAUGUCUCAAUUGAUGCCUGGUUUCGUCCCACCGGCUAUUAACCCUGCUUUCCAGAAUGGAAACCAGCAAGGCCGUUCUCUCUUCGAUCGGGUUGAGCGCCAGGGCCAGCAAGCUGGUGCACGAUUCAAUAAGCCCCGCCAAAAUCAAAGACCCCAGGAAUCCAGCGGUGACGCGGAUACGGAAAUGAGUGGCGAGCAAACUGACAGCAACCCCGAAGGUGUUUGCCGCUUCAACCUUCGGUGCACUCGAAAAGACUGCCCAUUUGCCCAUCAGUCUCCUGCGGCGCCCGAGGGUACUUCCCUCGACCUUUCUGAUAUCUGCUCAUUCGGAGCAGCCUGCAAGAACCGAAAGUGCACAGGCCGCCACCCAUCACCAGCAGUCAAGUCUGCACACCAAUCGGAGGAGAUGUGUCGAUUCUUCCCCCAUUGUACCAACCCACAUUGCCAUUUCAAGCACCCCGACAUGCCACUUUGCCGCAACGGCGCCGGUUGCACCACCGAAGGGUGCAAGUUCACACAUAUCCAGACGGCCUGCAAGUUCAACCCUUGCAUGAACCCGAGUUGUCAUUACAAACAUGCGGAAGGCCAGCGUGGGCCUAUUCCGGACACGGUAUGGACACCAAAGCAUAUUAGUGAGCGCAAGUUUGUGGAGGAUGAGGAUAUGCCCGAAGAGCUGAUUAAGCCGGAGACCGGUGAAGAUGUUUCUCAAAAUCAGGAGCUUACAGCAUGA